CAUAAACGUGGUCUGUAACGAUGGAGAAGCAGUCUUACAGCAACAACAGCAGCAACAACGGCGGCCAAUAGUGACGACGAAUGAUAAAUUCAUAGCCUUUCAUGUCAACUUUCGCCACAUACUCCUUGAUAUCCACCGCCUCAUCGACAGUCGUCACUACUAUACGGUGGUUCCUUUUGCCCAAUACUUAUCUGAUUAUUUAGCAAUCACUGAAUAUAUUCUGGCUGGAGUAAUGGGCACCCCUUCCAUCCAAAUCCCAUCUUCAUUAACUUCACGAAUUGCUACUGCUUACGUUUUGCCCAUAAUUCAUGAUUAUUAUUCUAAUAACUCCCAAGCUUUGGGUCUCAAUAUCUGUCUCGAUAUCACUGCCCUAACUGCUAGUAUUGAAUACCAACACCAACAACAACAAGAGCAAAAUCAGGAGAAUAUAAAUAUUAAUGUCAAUAUUCCUGCAGCGAAAGACUCCAUAAGGGCUCUCAAGGAGUUAAACGAUGUGGGUCUGAUGAGUACUUGCAAUUGUACCAUAUGUUUCGAGAAGAUGGUGCCGUCGUUGGGUGAUUCGUGUGAUGAUGAUGAUGAUGAUGAUGAGAUUGAGAUGAGCAGCAGAGUGGUUGUUGAGAUGCCUUGUUCUCAUGUGUUUCACAAGGAUUGUAUUGUUCGAUGGUUGGAGACCAGUCAUUUCUGCCCUUUGUGCCGUUACUCAAUGCCCACUGCCAAUUGAUUUGAUCCUCUUCAUCCUAAUCCUAAUCCUAAUCCUAAUCCUAAUCAUAAUCAUAAUAUUACCGUUGUCUAUAGCUACCUACUAUACAUACUGAUCAAUUUUCAAUACUAUAUCUUUGUGUAAUUUUCAAUUUUGUCAUGAUUAACACAUGAAUUGUUCUAAUAUUAGUCCUCUUCUAAAGGGAAAAUGAUAGUGAUAUCUUUUAUUGGACAAGAAUGUAUGUGUUCACUUACUCAUUUGAAUAUAAGUUUGAUUUGUUAUGAUUCAUUUACUCUGUUCUUGUACUUUCAAGGUCCAGAAUUAAGAAAUUAAUGUCUGUUGUGUGUGCAAAUUUCAAUGAUUCAAUGUAGUCUUUUUCUUAGUUAGAAAAGGGAAGAUGAUAGUGAAAGCUUUUCUUGGCCGAGAAUGAGUUUAUUUACUCAUUUGUAAUGAGGAAACAAUCAUGAUGGAGAAAAGUUUGAAUGGAUAAAGAUAGGGUAAUGAAUAAAGGUUUUGUUUUUUCUAUAAUUGUGUUGAUCAGGCUUGUUUAUCUCUAACUUAUGAUUAGUUUACUCUGUUCUUUCACUUUCAAUAAAGUUUAGAAUUAAGAAAACAAUAUAGUCCUUUUCUUAGUUAGAAGAUGAUAAGAUGAUGAAUAAAGUUUUGUAGCUUUGUUUUUCUACGAUGACCACAACGACCCUCGAAACCUCUCUUCUCCGCUUCAAAGUUCUAUGGGAAGCCUAAUACCGCCCUGACUCUCUUCUGGUUUUUUCAACUGGAAGAUCUCCCAAUUCUUUACCAACUUUUAAGGGCCGAGAAACCCUUGUUAACCCCUGAUAUCACUGUUAUGUCUGUGGGAACUGAGAUUGCCUAUGGCGAAUCUAUGGUGCCCGAUGUUGGGUGGGAGCAGUUGCUGAAUCAGAGGUGGGACAGAGGCAUUGUCGUGGAAGAAACCUCCAAGUUUCUUGGGCUUCUUCCUCAGGUCAGUAAUGCACAAGAAGAACUCUAAUAUAAUCCAUGCUACUGAGAGAUGUGCAGCAGGGAUUAUACAGGGAAUUGGUAUGUUGUUUCUCUCCUAGAGAUAUCACUGACUUUCAAAAUCUACACAUCAUAUGCAGAAUUUAAAAUCAGUCUUUGUAUGUUGUAACUCUUACCUUUUUUAUUCUUAUCAUAAGAACAAACAACUCUUUUUCAUUUACCUUUUUAGUCUUUCAUGAUGUUUCAAUCAUUUGAGAUAAAUAUGUUGAAUACAGUAAUUGCUGUAAAGUUUUGUUAAGGGAUGAUCACAAAGGAAUAUAGAAAGCAGAAAUAAGAAUGACCUAAAUAGUUUUACA